AUGGGUUUGGAUUUCUUGGAACAUGGAGCAGAUUUUGAAGCUGCAAUUUUAGCUACUGGGUUUGGGCGUUUCCACUUUUGCCUUCUCGCAGUCACCGGUCUAAUAUACGCGAACACUGCCAUCGGCAUCACCAUAGUGUCGUUCGUGUUGCCAGCAGCAACAUGUGACUUCCGGAUGACAUCUUCCGAUAAAGGAUGGCUUACAGCAGCUCCCAUGUUGGGAAUGGUCCUCGGGUCAUAUUUCUGGGGCUGCCUGGCUGAUACCAAAGGUCGUAAAGUGGUAUUAGUAUCAACGCUCCUGAUUGAUGGCUUCGUUGGUAUCCUCUCCUCAUUCGUUCAGAUUUUACCAAUCUUCAUGGCAUGCAGAUUUAUCAACGGAUUUUCUGUUGCCGGCGCUAUGGGUAUCUGUUUCCCAUACUUGGGAGAAUUUCAACAAACCAAAUACAGAGAGAAGAUCCUCUGCUGGAUGGAAAUGUUCUGGACAUUGGGUGUCAUCUUACUUCCACUAAUCGCUUGGGGUAUAAUACCGAUCCAAGGCAUUCGUAUUGAAAACGGCAGCUUUUCUUACGACUCAUGGAACUGGUUCGUCGCUGCCUGCGCAGUCCCGUCUCUCAUGUUGGGCUUCUGGCUGUUUUCGUUCCCUGAAAGUCCCAAGUUCAUGAUGGAGUGUGGAGACUACGACGAUGCACUCGCUUGCCUUAAGAACAUCUACCGACAAAAUACUGGCGAUGAUCCCGAUAAUUACCCGAUCAAGAGCCUCAAGGAAAAAGUGCGAACAAUAUCGGUGGCGUCGCAAAGCUCUCAGAAAUCUGUGCGAAGCUUGAGUAUGCGUAAACCUAAGGACCUGAAAAGGUUGUUUAGCGAGAUCUGGGUUCAAACCAAAGCUUUAUGUCGACCUCCCUACCUCAAAUACACAAUCCUUACCUGCCUCAUCCAGUUCGGAUUAACUACUAGCUACUACACCCUCAUGAUCUGGUUCCCCGAGUUGUUCAACCGCUACGAGGAGUUCGAGCACCGCUUCCCCAACACUUCAGCGUCGGUAUGCGACGUGUCCGGCAUCGUGGUGGGCGAUGAAGCAGUCGCCGACCCCUUCGACUGCGAAAAGAUCAUCGACCAAAGCGUGUACAUGCACACGCUUAUCGUCGGUCUCGCUUGCAUACCGACCUCCCUGUGGCUUCCACUUUGCGUUCACAAACUUGGCGCUAAGUUCUUCCUUAUCUUCAGUUUGGGUGUUGCCGGUUUAGUGACGGUUGGUUUGUACUACGUGCAAAACUCCACUCAGAACUUGGUCCUCUCAUGCAUCUUUGAAGCCCUCACCUCGCUCGCCAUCAGUCUUGUGUUCUGUGUGCUUGUCGACUUGUUCCCCACGAAUCUUAGGGUAAUGGCGGCUGCACUUUCCCUCACGGCGGGUCGAGGCGGUGGUCUCAUUGGAAACCUGUCAUUUGGCUACCUCAUAGACAUCAACUGCAUUGUGCCUAUUGUUGUCUUCUCAGCAUUCCUAUUUAUUGCUGCAAUACUCUGCUUCUUCUUGCCAAAGACAGGUCAAGAAGCCCUGGAUUAA